AUGGAUUCCGAAUCAUUCAGAGUAUGCGGGAAGACCGUUGUCGACUACAUCGCAGACUACAUGGACAACAUCCGAGACAGGCCCGUUCUGUCCAGCGUCAAACCAGGAUAUCUAUACGAAUUGGUGCCGCCCGAGGCUCCGGUCAAAGGUGAAGAUUGGAAGACGGUGUUGGCCGACGUGGAGAACAUAAUCAUGCCCGGCAUUACACACUGGAAUUCGCCGCAGUUUCAUGCGUUUUUCCCGACCGGAAACUCUUAUCCAGCCAUCAUCGGUGACAUGCUGUGCAACGGGAUCGGAUCUAUAGGAUUUUCUUGGAUAGCGAGUCCAGCGUGUACCGAACUCGAAGUGCAAGUUAUGAAUUGGUUUGGGAAAAUCUUGGACUUGCCGAAAGAGUUCUUGAACGAGUCCGAAGGGCCCGGUGGUGGCGUACUUCAGGGCAGCGCCAGCGAAGCCACGUUCGUGUGCCUGUUGGCAGCCAAAGACCGCACGACGAAGAGGAUCAAAGCACUCGACCCGAGCAUGACCGACGGUGAGAUCAAGGCGAAACUGAUAGCUUACACUUCCGAUCAGUCCAAUUCGAGUGUGGAAAAAGCCGGUCUCCUGGGAUCGAUGCCGAUGCGGAUGCUCAAGGCGGACGAGAGUGGUAGGAUGACCGGACCCAUACUGGCCGAAGCUAUGGCCGAAGACAUCGCCCGAGGGUUGAUACCAUGUUACGUGGUCGCCACGUUGGGCACCACUGCCACUUGCGCUUUCGACUGUCUGGAGGAGCUUGGCCCCAUCUGCAACGAAAACGAUAUUUGGCUGCACGUCGACGCUGCUUACGCAGGUGCUGCUUUCGUUUUGCCGGAAUACAGACAUCUGAUGGCGGGAGUGCAAUUCGCUGACUCGUUCGACGUCAACUUGCACAAGUGGCUCUUGGUGAACUUUGACUGUUCGGCCUUGUGGGUGAAGAACGCCACUUAUUUGGUGGAUGCGUUCAACGUGGACCGGGUGUACUUGAAGCACAGAUACCAGAGCCAGGACCCCCAAGUACCAGAUUACAGACAUUGGCAAAUACCGUUGGGCCGGAGAUUCAGAUCGAUGAAAAUGUGGUUCGUGUUGAGGCUGUACGGCGUGGAGGGUCUACAGGCACAUAUCAAAAAGCAGAUUCACUUGGCGGACUUGUUCGGGAAGCUCGUCAACCAAGAUCCGAGGUUUGAAGUCACCACGGUCACCAUGGGACUGGUUUGCUUCCGAUUGAAGGGCAACAACGACUGGACGAAAAACCUUUACGAGCGACUGAUGGCCAGCGGACAAAUAUAUCUGGUAACCGCCACCGUCCGGUCGAAGUUGGUCAUACGGUUCGUGGUCUGCAGCCGACUGACGGAGGAGGUCGACGUGCAGUUCGCGUGGGACGAGAUACGCGGACAGGCCGACCGCGUGGACAGCGAACGCGAUGUGGCACCCGCGAGCAUUUGCAACGGCCUUUCAGGAGCAUGGCCGAAGGACAAGGUGGACUGCGAAGAACUCACCGCUGCCACCCCCAUCGUCGUCAAGUCCCUGACCCAAGGAUGA